AUGACAACCCAUUAUCAGAUGGUCAGGACCAUUACUGACAGCGAAUGGGGGAUCAAAGUUCUUCGUCAGUUUAACGCACAGCCUGAUACCGGUGCAAUCUUGGGAGAGACACUCUUUGAGUCCUGGUAUCUUUUCUCUCAUCUUGAUAAACACGAAAUUCCCGCAGAUAUCAAGCCAGUAACAUUGAUCAAUGGAGCGUGUCCUGGUCACGAUGACUAUUCUGGCGAAACAAACUGCACCCAAAUUUGCACCAACCCAGAAACUCUGUUCGCCUCUUGGAAGACAUUAUGGCAGUGUCUAUCUCUUGCCGCGUUGACAAUUGGGAAUGCGACAUUCUCUGACAUUCUUCAGCAACCGCGCAGCGAGUUUGGAGAGCUGUCUCCGAGUGUCCAAGUCAACAAUGCGCUUUGGGAGUAUUCCAUCAUGUAUGAGAGUGAUUUCGAUGGGAGAACAGUGCUCGAUCUUACAUACCAAUGCGCUGCUGCGAGUUGUCGUGAGAUGAGCAUGGGCGAGUGCGAAAUUGGCCAACUUGAUCAAGAAUUCUUCCAGAGCGAGAAGUUGGAGUGGAUCAAAAUGUCCAAGGCCCUUCAGUUUUUAUGUGACGGACUAGAAAGUGAUAUUAACAUUGAUAUUGCUGGCCCAGGUGUCAUUAUCACAUACAUUACUCAAACCGCAAUGGUUGUGUUUGCAUGGCUGUUCUUUAUGGUCCUUUCGGCAGGCGACCUCAUCCAGAAAUUAAUUUCGAUAUUCAGCCGCACUUUUCGCAAAACGAACCUGGGUUCUGAUAUGUUAGCCCGUCGCGAGUCAGUCCUGGAGUUUCUUGGGCAAACGAACCUGGCACAUGCUACCAGCACGUUUCUUGCAGAGCUCCAUGAAGCACAGUGUUUCUUUAUUACCGCAAUAGAAAUAGGUCUGAUCAACGCAAACUCACGGCCGGCCCUCUUCACAGGCGCUGAUAACUGGCAGAGCCUUUUGUGGAAUCGCGAUAGUAUCCAGUUCCUUGCUGGAAUGGGAGUUUGGCCCAUCAUCCUUGGUCAGAUAUCACUCCGCCGAGCACAGCUUGAUUCAAUGUACUAUCUUCUUCUCUCCACACUCGCGGUGGUACUUGCCGGUGUGGCAGCAGAUACAGCGUCAAAGCCUGAUCCCGAUAACGUCUACAAAAUGUUUUCGAGCCUCAAUAACCUGGACGAGUGUGGCGGUCACCCAUCGCUUCGCACAUUUUGCGUUGAACAACGGAAUAGUAUCUAUUGGUUCGUCUUUCCUGCAUCAAGUAUAUACCCUUUCCUUGGCCCGCUCGCUAUCUUAUGGUGGAUCAAACUCUGGGACGUCAUCGUCGGUUCAUCACGGUUUAUCCAAAAGCACAAGCCACUCUCAGAUGAACAGAAUGGGAAAUGGGAGUGCGUGAAACGGAUCGCCCUGAAAUCAUCCCUUAUCCUAGUUCAUACGGCGGAAGCUGGUGCGUUUGCUUGCAUAUGCUUCGGGCUCGGCGUAGUUCGGGCGCCGUUACUGAAUUUACUUCUCAGAGGAGACACGGGGACUUGGAGUGUCGGACAACUUGUUGCUGUUCUUAUCUGGGCGCCGGUCAUAUCGAAGUAUGCCCAUCUUGUUCUUCUUGGCGUCGAAAAGGGUUUCAGGCUGCGAUUAUCGAAGGCUUUCGAGAUUAUGAAGAGACCGGAAUAG